UACCCUGCACUACGCGGUGACGUACAAACUUGACGCGACAGGGGUGGAGCUUGUGACUUUGCGAAAUGGAGAUAGGAGCUGCCGGUGAACACAGUCCUCUGUGUUUGAAUAAUUUGUUGCCAAAUCGAGCUGAAAUAUCGACAAACGAAACCAGCAACGUCGACCACAGCCGACCGGGCGAGACCACAGCAGCCAACGUAUGAAAUGCAGCACUCGGUAGGAUGAUCAGUAAUCACGAAGAAGAUGAGUUUGUGGCAGUGCGGGUUCAAGAUCCCCGCAUUCAGAACGAAGGCUCCUGGAACUCCUAUGUGGAUUAUAAAAUAUUCCUGCAUACCAACAGUAAAGCCUUCACAGCCAAGACAUCCUGUGUGCGGCGGCGGUACAGUGAGUUUGUGUGGCUCAAGAAGAAGCUGCAGAAGAACGCCGGUUUGGUUCCAGUCCCAGAUCUUCCAGGGAAAUCCUUCUUCUCCUUCAUCAAUGAGGACUUUUUGGAGAAGAGAAGAAAGGGACUUCAGAUUUUCUUGGAGAAAGUGGUGCACAUGACCGUCUGUCUGUCAGACAGCCAGCUCCACCUCUUUCUACAGACCCAACUGCCAGUCGGUCACAUCCAGGACUGUGUCCAAGGCCACACCCCUUACUCCGUGACAGAUGCCAUCCUCACGUAUGCCUCGUCCAAUCAGGGGCUAGCUCAGGCACAGGAGGACGAUUUGAUCAAGGAGCCAUGUUUGACCGUUUCUUACGAAUCAAUGGAAAGCCCGGCUCCUCAUCAACCUUGCCAACAACCUAAUGAGACCAUCAGCCCGGAGCUCGUCUCAUGUGGUGACGCUGACCCUCUAGAAGGUUUACUGGAGGUCCAUGAUCAGGACCGUAGGAAGAAAUGCUCAGUAAGGAUUUCCCAGAAGAGCAACCAUCUUGAGGCCGUUCUUGAAUCGGUUCUUGAGGACAGCGGCCCGUCAGAGGCAACCUUUUAUCUGGGGGACAGUCCAGAGAGUCUUAGCUCUGCUGAGCAGAUCCAGCAGAGGUUACAGACUCCGGUGGAGGUGCACACGUUCACGGGGAUCGGCUUUGAGGACAGCGUGAUCGAUGGGAAGAUUGUUUUACCUCCAGGUGAAGAAGAAAAGGUGGAGCUGCAGGAGAGUAAUGAGGAUGCUUAUGAAGGAAAAGUCAACUGUGAGCCUGAAAAAUGUGAUGAUUCUGAGAAGAUUUUAGAUUUUAAGGAAAAUAACAGUGAUGAACACAUUUUAGGAAGUGAUGCCAGAUCUCAGGAAGCUAUGGAAAACAUCUGUACCGAGAAUCCCGUCAUCUCUGAGGUUAAUGAGGUUCAUGUUCUAGAAGUCAAAGCCGACGACCAAAAAGGCGACAAAGCAGGAGGUAACGAGGAAACGCUGCUCGAGUCAGAAAUCAGUGACGAGGCCCACAUGGUGAACGGCGUAUCUGCGGUGGAACAGGAUGGUGAUGACGCACAGGAAGUGGAUUUUGCUGGCAACAAAGACGAAAGCGACGAGGGCGACCCGGUCAGCUCCUCUCUGCCAUCUUCCAACGACAGCAUCGUGAAGGUCAGUGACGAGGAAAGCGUUUGUGAGGAGGCAGACGACUCGAUCCAGGUUGCAAACGACUUUGUGAAGACUCCUCCUGAAGACGCCACUCGCUGGUCAGACGUGGAGGCAUCCAGCAGGAACAUCAUGGACCUGCAGGUGAACGGAUAUCCUGAUGAAAAACUGCACCUUUCUGCCCAGGAGGAUGAGGACCUGCAAUACACCCUCAGUGACCUGAGUAAAUCUGCAGACCUUAACUCUGCUGUAACUGCAGGAGAUCUGACUGAAAAUGGAGAUUUUAGUAUCUUAGCAACCAGCCACGCUCGUGAAUUGGGUGACGGUAGAUGUACCGAGGAGGAAGCCACGCUCUCACCUUCAGAGGAGACUCAGGAGGUGCAUUAGUUAGGAGUCUUCCUCUAAUAUAGAUCCACUGAAUCAAACGCUCUGUUCCAAACUCUGCCCAUCGUACACAGCGUCUUCAUAUCGUCAGGGUUACGAGACACACCUCACACUCUCAGUCAUGUAGGUAUAACACCUCCAAAACAGCAUGAAUCUAACAUUAGAAUUUCUCUGUUAUGUACUGGAUCUGAUUUCCCUCCUGACUGCUUCACUUCUCCAUUUGGCUUCAGUGACCAGCAGAAGGUGCUCGAGUUAAGUUUACGUUCAUACUCUAAGGCCUUUCAGUAAGGAAACAGCUGGGGCUAAAUUUAGGCAAAAUAUGCACCUAAAUUAAAGGAUAAGUUCACAUUCCUUUGUGUCUGUAGUGAAACUUAGUGGAAUUUGUGGUUCCUGUUCAUACUGACCAUCAAGAGACAUUUUCCUGAUUUAAAUAAAGAAAUAAACAACCAAAAAUGCUAACAUAAGGUCAGGGUUUUUCUUGCAUAUGAAAAAAUUAGUGCCCACUAAAUUGGUUUUGGCUUUCUACUAAAGCAAAAUCACCAGAACUGCGACUUUUUUCCUUUCUUUUUGUAAGUCAAAGCAUGUUAACACAGAGUCUUUGCAUUGACUUUGACCCUUGAGGCCCAUUUUGAGCCUAGAAAACCCCCGGAGGGGGUUAACUUGCAAACACAACACUGCUUCCUACAGUGGACAGAGAGAGUGGAAAUUCAGCACUUAAACGAUUAAUGUGAAAACCCUUUAUUUAAAUCUCUUUGAAAAAGGGAUCUCUAAAUUCCCAGUAAGGAGAGGAGGAAUGGUGAAAGCCACUAAAAUAAAUAAUCAGUGGACACAUUUUUCUUUCACGACAGACAUUGAACGAAGUGAACUUUUCUCUAAAUCUAGAGUUCCUCGUCACAUUUGGAGCCUCAAAUGAGACCUAACUGCUCUUUAAAUGUGCUUCACAUGCUGUUAAAUAGUUCUGUUAUACCCGGCUUGUAUUAAUUCUUCACAGCUUUCACUGUGCUGGUCACUAACGCAGGAUGAUACUCGAGCUGAGAACAAGCAUACGCACACUUCUCUGAUCAUGCGUUAAACUGGUAUUUAUUACUGAAGGAUGAGAGGGGAAACAACACACUUAAAUCAACCUGUGAAAUGCACACAGGCUCCUGUUUGAACUUCUGAUCUGUAACAAUGUGAUUCUUGUUUUGUGUUUAUAGAGCUUCAUGAAGUAGAAAUGGAUGCCUUGCACCUUUAGGGCCAUGACAUGGUUUUACACACACUAAGAGUUUUUACUUAUAAUUUAUACACUCCAUUCAGGAAAGAUGGGCACAGGUUAUUUUUAAGAAUAGUUUACUCUUCCUCACACGUGUGAGCUUUAACUCCAGCGGGCCUUUUUCCACAGCAGACACCUGUAAAAACGCGUGUCAACUGAGGUUCAUCUAAAAAGAGGACCUGCCCUGCGUGAAAUGUAGUCGUGAUUAACACCUGUGUGUUUUCCUCUCUCCACAACUCAGAGUGUGUCUGAAAUCACUCAUUACUCUGUAUGCACUGGAUUUUAUGAUGGAUUUUACAUCUAUCUGCAUGUAAAGCGUAUUAUUGCAUGCUACACAAUUCACUUAAAGUACAGCAGUUUUGUAUUCAUUUUUAUUUCAAUUUUCUUUCCUUUUCAGUGCAAUUUGUUGAUUCCCCGAGUGGGUUUGAAAAUGUUCACUUCAGUUUUUAUUAGUGUCAGUGAUGAUUUUAGUUUACUUAAAUAUUAAAAUAUAAAGGAUAUUUGUCAUUGGUCAACCUUUUUUUUUGAUUUUACAGUGCAAACUUUUCCCCUUUGAGGCAGUUAGACAUCCUAAACCUCAGACAAAACAAAAAGUUUACCAGACAAACACUGAAGUUAAAGUAAUUUUCUUUUUAUUUCUAUUUCAUUUUAAUCAUCAUUAUCAAUAUAAUUUCAGUUAGUCUUGAUUUUAUUACAGAGUUUUAGUUAAAACUAACAACCUUGGGUUAAUCAUAGAAUAUGAAUAUAGAAUUUUAUUUAUAUAAAUUAAUAUUUAUAUUUAUUUUACUUAACCUCAAUUAACAAAAAAAAGAAAAAGGAAGCAAACCUAAUCUGGAAGCUAAAUUCUAGUAAAAGCUAAAUAAAAAUACAAAGGUACAAUAACUGAGUUAUCACUAAAAGAAAUCCUGUAAUUUAUCAAUUAUAUCAAAAUUUUUAAGCUUACGGCUGUUUGACCACUGUGAAACGUCCAGUGUGAUCGUGCCGUCAUCCUCUGGCGUCGUAAUGAGCGAGUUCAAACACAUCCUGAAUGCCUGCUGUGGAAAUUCUGGUCGUCUUGCCUGUAACCUGUCUGCAGCUUGACAGCGACGUUGUUCCCACAACACUUCUGCUUCUUUUAAGCUGCAUUUAAAAGGGACCAGCAGGUUCUAUUUGUGAGGUUUCAGACUUUAUUUUAAUAAGCUGUUUGCAUCAAAGCUGUGGAGGGAUUUUAACGUUUCACUGGUUUUGUUCCUGGUAAUAACUACAGGGGUUUAUUUUGAGUUUUGUUUAAAUACAGAUGUCAAAGAGUACGAGGGUAAUGUGAGUGAUGGUAUCCAUGUACAUGUGCACAUGAUAAUUUUAUUUUAUUUCAAUAAAACCCUUACCUCUUUA